AUGGCAGCAAACCCUGACUGGCGGUUGACCAACAAAACUGUCCAAAUCCUCGCAGCUGCAGAAGAAGGAAGAUAUGGCGUCCUGGCCACAGUCGCCUACAACAUCGAGCACAUCAUCGGGAUGGUGCGAGCAGCCGAACUUGCUCACUCCCCUCUCAUAAUACAAUUCUUCCCGUGGGCAAUUACAUUCUCAUCCGGACUUCUCAUCCGCGCUGCAGCUGAUUGUGCAAAACGCUCAACAGUACCUAUUGCAAUCCAUCUCGACCAUGCGCAAAACGAGGAAAUGAUCAGAAUGGCGGCUGAGACGCUGCCGUUUGAUAGCAUUAUGUUGGAUAUGAGCCAUUUUGAGAAAGAGGAAAACUGGAGGAAAACGAAGGAGUUGGUGAGAUUCUGUCAUGAGAGGGGGAUUGCUACAGAAGCUGAGCCAGGGAGAAUCGAGGGUGGGGAGGAUGGAGUGAUGGAUACGGAGGGACUUGAAGGUAGUAUGACGACGAUGGAUGAGGUUAGAGAUUUCAUGGCCACAGGAGUAGAGAUUCUUGCGCCCGCAAUUGGUAAUAUGCAUGGUGAGAAUCCUUACGGAGAUAGAAAUCCGGACUUGGAUUUUGAGCGAUUGACACAAGUCCGAGCCCAGCUUGGAGGCAAGGUCCGCAUUGCGCUGCAUGGGACCAAUGGCUUCAAGCCGGAGCUGAUGAAGAAAUGUAUUGCUGAGGGUGUCUCGAAAGUAAAUGUGAACAGACUUGUGCUUGAUGACUAUUCGUAUCACUUGAGAGCCCAGGCAGGAAAGGUCCCUCUCACGAAACUGAUGGAGCAGGGUGUUGAAAUGGUGGUUAAACAGUCGGUGGAAUGGAUGGAAAUCUGCGGUUCUGCAGGCAAGGCAUGA